AUGAAACCGCGUAAAAAUGAGUGCAAACUCCUUGGUCCUGUUUCCAUCGCCAUUCAGUUACUAAUGGGGGUAAUUGUAGUGUCGUCACUACUGUUAAAAAGACAAUCUGAGCGUCCAAGGAGGACUUGGAGAGUAUGGUGUUUCGAUGUUGGGAAACAAAUUCUAGGUGCAGUGAGUAUACAUUUUAUGAAUUUGCUUCUAAGUGUGCUCAAAGGCGGGGGGCUCUACGAGAUUUUAUUAGGUAAAGAUAACGAUGGCUCCUAUACAGGAGACGAAUGUGACUGGUAUUUUUUGAAUCUUCUAGUGGACACUACAGUGGGGAUCCCAAUUUUGUGGUGUUGUCUCACGUUUUAUGAAAGCAUUCUAAAGAGAAUGGGAGUGAAGAACAUCGAGAGUGGUAACUACUUCUCGGAAUUAGACAUACCGACCCCCAAUAGGAGACGAGAACCCUCGUUAGCUGCAUUCACAAAGCAACUGGCCGUCUUUAUUGCAGGAUUGAUAUCGAUGAAGUGUUGUCUCUUUUUGAUACUUUUGUAUUUUGAAAAUGUGGCAGAAUGGUUUGCAAAUUGGGUCCUUGGAUGGUCUGACCCCUGGCCAAACCUACAAGUAUUCUUAGUUAUGUUUGUCUUCCCAUUGCUUUUGAAUUGCUUUCAGUGCUUUUGUGUGGAUAGUAUCAUAAAACUGCCUUCAAAUAGAAUCAACAUUCGGAAUGCUGAUAACUUUGAUCAAGAACCACUUAUAAUAGGCAAUCGCCCCCCAUUCUUUUCUGUUUCAGAUUCAAAUAAGAUUUACGGCUCAACUGCCUAA